AUGCCAAUGAGUUAUUAUUACCUGAACUAUAUUUGGCCAUCAACAAAUGCGUAUUGUGUAUGGUGGACAUGGUGUGAAUUCUCUCUAAGUACUAUUGGAUUAUAUCUAAUGGCAUGGAUUUCUAUUGAACGACAUUUACUUAUUUUUCAUGAACAUACAAUAUUUCAAGUACGAUGGAAAAAAUGGAUCUUUCAUUUUAUUCCCAUUGCAUUCAGUUUAAUGUGGGCACCAUUAUUUUUUCUUUUCUUAGUUGUAAUUCAUCCAUUUUGCACAAAUGUAUGGAUUUUUAAUUUACCUCUUUGUGGUUUUCCAUGUUAUGCUGAAAACAAGAUUUUACAUAAAUUUGAUUUUAUAUUUAAUAUUCUCUUUCCUAUUCUAAUCAUUAUGUUAGCAAAUGUAACGUUAAUUAUUCGAGUUCUCUAUCAGAAGAUGUCUCGACAACGAGUAAUUAAUUGGCGACGUCAUUUGAAAAUGAUGUUACAAUUAUGGAUUGUUUCAUCACUCUAUAUGGGAUUUUGGUUACCUUUGGUAAUCACAUUAUUUAUUGAAAUGACUACACAACCAUUAUUUAUGAUUAAUCAACUAGAGACAAUGCAAUUCGCUCCCUAUUUUGUUCCACUUUUCUUACCAAUGAAGACCGGUGUUCUACUUUCAAAAUUACAAUCUAAUCUAACUAAAAUUCUUCCAAGUUUCAUACAAAAACGCUAA